AUGCAUAAAGUACUUGUCAGGCCUAUUGCUUUGUACGCAUGUGCAGCAUUAUGGCCCUCAACAAAAACAGAAGGAAAAAAGCUAGCAAUAUUCGAAAGGAAAGUACUAAGACAAAUAUUUCGUCCYAAAAAGAAUGAGGUAACCAAUGAAUUUGAACGUAGAACUAAUGAUGACUUAAUAUUUGAACUAUACAACCAACCGGACAUAGUAGCAUGGCAGUCGACAGUAGAUAAAAGUGAAGGCGGUGAUGGGCUGACAUUGAAUGUUGAGACUAAACUAAAACUAGAAUCUGUUGAGAAAUUGUCCGAUGAAUUAAAGAAAAAAACCGAACUUCUAGCGGAACAAGUUCGGGAAAUUAAGCUGUGCACCGAUAAAAACCUCAUGAACAACGAUCAAAUAAUUGCACUCAAUGCCGAGUUGAACAAAUUUAAAAACGACAUGGAAAACAUGCGCAAUCAAGAAGCGGCUGAUGAAUUGGGUGCGUCGAAGUUACUUAAAAAUAUUUUGGACAAGACCACUGUACUUGAUAGCAAAAUUGUAUCAGAAAUGCAUCGUCUGAAAACCAUGGUCGAGGACGCGUGUGCGAGUAAAAAAAGCAGUAACUUUGCUAUGGAACAAUUGAAAGAAGUACAUCGCUUGAAAAUGGACGAAAAUGAAAAAUGCAAUGCCAUGCUGAAUAGUAAAUUAAUGGUCGAAAUUUCCCAAUUAAAGGAAUACGCGAUUAAAGUCGAAGAAGAGGCCAAAUAUAAACAUCUCAGCAUCGAAAAUUAUUAUGAAGACGAUUAUAGCAGUACAUGA